AUGGCUGACAUCGAGGGAAGGUUCUACCAGCUCAAGGAAUUCUUCGACAAGAUCAUGAAUCAGGGUAAAGAUAACCAUGUCAUGAUUGUUGGAUCUGAUCUUGAAAUUUACAUCAUCCCCUGCGACCACAGGGCAGCCGACAAGCUCCUGUCCGUCGCCCGACUUGAUGGCACCUGCGACAUCUCUCUCGAGGCCUGCUGUGAUGGCCUCCUCGUCUUACGCACCUGGAAUAAGAGGGGUGAAGGCUACGUUGUGACGACCUUCAUCUGCAACCCGGCCACUCGUCAAUAUGCUCCCCUCCACCAGCUUGAUGGCUUCGGGCUCUUGGGGAUGUACCCACACAGACCAACCGGAGACUACCGAUUAUUGCUGUACAUAGUCCAAAAGAUGAGGAAUGAUGGCUGCUACCUCUACACAUUAGGCUCUGGCCAGCCGCCGAGGCACAUAGGCUGCCCUGAUGACAAGGAACUGAUGAAUUCCCCUGCAUCUGUCUUUUUCCAUGAUAGCUUGCAUUGGCACACAGACACCAUGAUAAUGGUAUUUGACACCACCAACGAGUCUUUCCGGCAGAUGCGCUCUCCGAUGAUUUCGGCAGAUGACCAUGCUGACUUGUUUGAGAUGAGUGACAUGUUUGGCAUGUUUAGUUUUAAUGAAAAAGAGAACAUUGUAGAUAUUUGGGUGAUGCAGGACUAUGAAAGUGAAGUCUGGGCCUUUCAACGUCGGGUUGAAUUGCCGAUUGCAGAGAUAAUGGAGCAAUUUCAAAAUUCUGGAGGUUGGUUUGAUCUGGUGGCCGCAUCUUGGGAUAGUGACAUGCUCCUGCUGAUUCAAUUUGAAGACAACUGGCUACUUCAGGUUGACAUGGAUGGCAAGUUGGUUGGUAGCAUCCAACACAGAUUCCUAUAUCCAACCCUACUUCGGCUCAAGCAAUCUCUCAUUUCACAUACCUUCUUUCCAGCAAAAGAGGGUUAUGUUGUCAAUGCUUCGCCUUUCAUCUGA